UAUUUGAUUAUCUCAUUUAAAUAUGAAUUAUCAACUAGAUGGAAAUUACGUUUACAGUUGAAAGUCGCUGAUUCCAGAGUAUUACCCUUUCCUGCAGUUACAAUUUGCAAUCUUAAUCCAGUCCAUCGAUCACGAUUUUGUGCCUACCAAGAUGAAAAUAUCAAUAAGCCUGUUGACGUUGAAAGUAUACUUUGUGCAAAUCUGGAUAAAAUGUUGGAUCUUUGUGAGAUUUCAAGCUUUCUCAAUGAAUUGCUCGAUCAAGGAAGAGAAAUUUGUUUACCCAAUUCAGUUAAUCGCCGACCUAAUCGACCAAGACCUAUCAAUUUUCCAUUCAACAAUUCAACCCGAAACAUUAACCGUGGCCGUAGUCCCAUAUCAUUAAGAACAGACAAAAUUCAACCAAAAGUCGGUAAUAAUUCAUCUUUCAAUUCCAGAAGACGAUUACCUCGAGGUCUUUCAUUACGGGAAUUUAUUCAAGGAUUUCGCAUGUUUAUCUCUGGUGAUGUCGUUGGACUUUUCAAUUCAACCGGGCUGUUAACUGGUUUAGGAGUAAGUUCAUUGGAAUCAGGAUCGUUUAUUGAUACUGCAAUCAUUCAAUUGGCCAAAAUAUAUGGCAUUAAUAUAAAAUCCAGUGAUGACUUGAUUCCAGCUUUGUUUCUUAAAGGAUUUGCUGAUAUUACGGGUUGUAGAUUUGGUUCAGUCUAUCGUUCAAAUGGAUCAGUUGCAUUGGAAGCCACAUUACGAAAUAUAACUGAUCUUAUAUUGAAUUCAGGUUGCAUUUGGAAACUUCCCAGAUUAUUCAGCUUAUUUCAAAACUCAUCAGAACGCCUUUUGAAUGGAUUGUCCUCUUGUACUGCACCUUGGGUUCGAUCCGUGCUUAGAGUAAAUUCAUCGUCAGAGAAGGACUUUGAUCAAAGUGAAUCCCCUUGGUAUAUAUUAUUAGACUUAUUACAAUCAUGGUUAGCUGAUUUAAGUCGUCAUCACUUAUCUGUUGCUCGACAAUUGGGUCACCAAAGUUCAGAUUUGAUUGUAAGCUGCCAUUUUGCUGGAAAAAAAUGUUAUCCCAUUGAAUUUGAGUCAAUCUUUUCAAGCUCAUAUGGCAACUGUUACACUUAUAACAUGGCUGAAUCUUUAAUCUCCAGUGCAACCUUAUCCAAACCAUCUGAUCAGAAACUGUCUGGAUUCACUGGACCUAAAUUUGGACUUGAAUUGGUUUUAAAUUUAGAGGUUGAUCAAUAUAUGCCAACAUCAAGAGAAACAGGAGCAAAAAUUGUUAUCCAUGAUCGCUCUCAAAAGGCUGAUCCUGAUCAAGAUGCAGUUCAUGUUCCUCCAGGUGUUGUCACUUACGUUGGGAUCCAGUUGAUCAAUAUAACUCGACUUCCAGCUCCAUAUCGAGAUAAGUGUUCAGAUGAUUGGGUAGAGGGAUGGGUCAAAGAAUGGGCUAUGACCGUUGAUCAUGGUCCAUAUACAUCACAGUUUUGCCUUAAAUUAUGUCUCCAAACAUACACAUUGAAAGAGUGCAACUGUUGGACUGUUUCAGCUCCUCCACCUUAUAACUCGACUCAACCUCAAUGUGAUUUACGGAAGAAUCCAGUUCAAGUUUCCUGUGUGGAAAGAGUACGGGAAAAAUAUUACGCUGGUCAGUUGAUUUGCAAUUGUCCACCAAGAUGCAAUGAAAAAGUGUAUGAAAAGUUCAUCUCAACUGGUGUUGAAGCUGCUCAAUGUUCAGCUUUAUCAUCUGGAACGGAAGAAUCCUCACUUGAUCACAACAGAGAAAAUAUCGCUAAAGUAAUCAUCUAUUACCAAACAUUGAGCUUUACUGAAAUCACUCAAGACGUCAAAUAUACGUGGUCGAGCAUAAUUGGUGCAGUUGGUGGAAUCCUUGGUGCCUAUUUGGGUUUCAGUUUUAUCGCAAUUUAUGAAUUUUUCGAGAUUCUCACUGUGGCUUUGAUAAGAUUGAUAUUUCCACCCAAGACUUUUACCACUAAAAUUAAGACACGAAUCAAUUGAUUGAUCAAAUUAUGGCCAUUCAACUCUUGGAUAAUUUCAAAGCACUACAAGUCAACAGUUCAUCCAUUUAUUUGAUAAUCACAAUUAUCCUGAUUGCCUCGAAAUAAGGUUAAACAAUGGAAAUCUCAAUGGAUCAAUAAAUCGCUACUGUAAAAGUUACAUUACUGUAAAAGUGUAACCUAUUGAUUAAUCCAAUAUUUCUUAGCACAACACAAUUACUUUGAUGUUAAUAGUGACAAAAUUUUGUCCCAAUUUACAUUAACAUGAGCAUUAAUUACCAAUAA